AUGAUCUCAACUCUGGGUGUAAGGCAUCGCGGAGAUUGUGUCAUUGAAAUGGUCUGGAUGGCAGAGUUGCUGUGCAUGGGGCGUAGAGCAAAGUGUGUUGGGGAGAAUGAGUUCGACUGGCAGCGCCUGAAGAAGCGACUGGUACGUCGAGGUCAUCGGAAGACGAGAAUACACAUCCCAGCUGGUCGGCAGUCCACGAGACGGGCUGCUUCGGUGCUGGCGAAAAUGGGUUUCGUGGUCGUCGUCGUGGCUGCAUACCAGACACACGAACACGUCGAGCGAACACCGAGUGGUGGCAAAAGUCAGACGGAGGGAGAAAAAUAG